CCAGUAUUAUAUGUCUUUAUGAAAGAAAUCUUUGCAUUUCCCGUCCGGAACCCGAAAAUAGUACACCGUUGACAAUUGACGCAUUUCUUGCAUUUUCACACAAGGACUUGGAACUAGUCGGAGAAUACGUUGAAAAGCUGGAGAAGGGCUCUCGCGAAUUCAAGCUUUGUUUUUAUCAACGCGACUGGUUAAUUGGCGAAUCCAUUCCGGCAUGCAUUUUAAAAUCAAUAGAGGAAUCGAAAAGAAUUAUUAUACUGAUGACCAAGAAUUUCAAGGAGUCAUCCUGGGGUCGCUUCGAAUUCCGUAUGGCCAUUCAGGCCACCUCCAUCGACCGGUAUAAACGCCUGAUACUAAUUGUGUAUCCAGAAGUGGAAAACUUUAACGACCUGGACUCUAAGCUGAAAACCUUCAUGAAAUUUAAUACGUAUCUGCGACGUGAUGAUUCCCAGUUUUGGAGAAAACUAAUCUAUGCGAUGCCCCACAAUCAUGGAAAUACUGGACGAACUGGUCAGCAGUAAUGCCCGACAGGUUAAA